AUGGAUGAUGGGGGGUCACUGUUGAGCACCAAGGCCCCUCAAGUCAGUGGGGUCAGAGUUCAGUUGGAGAUGCAUGCGCUUUGGCAGCAGUUUGACCAGCUGGGCACGGAGAUGAUUGUUACCAAAGCUGGAAGAAGGAUGUUUCCGACAUUCCAGGUGCAAAUCUCUGGGAUGGAUCCAACUGCUGAAUAUGUCUUGCUUAUGGACUUCAUCCCUGUUGAUGAUAAAAGAUACAGAUAUGCAUUCCAUAGUUCAUCCUGGUUGGUGGCUGGGCGAGCAGAUGUUGCAGCUCCAAGCAGGAUGCAUUUCCACCCGGACUCACCUGCCCGUGGAGCCCAGUGGAUGAAGCAGACGGUGUCCUUCGAUACUCUCAAACUCACCAACAACUUGCUGGAUGACAAUGGACAUAUGAUAUUAAACUCCAUGCAUCGUUACCAGCCACGCUUCCAUGUGGUGUAUGUGGAUCCGGCACCCAACAGCCACUUAAAUGCUUACAGAAACUUCAGCUCUUUCUCCUUCCCAGAGACACGCUUCAUGGCCGUCACCGCCUAUCAGAACCACCGGAUUACCCAGCUAAAAAUUGCAAGCAACCCGUUUGCUAAAGGCUUUAGGACUACAGACCCUCAGGAUUGGUGA